AUGGCGGCGGCCGCGGGAGCAGCAGCGGCGGCGGCGGCGCGGGCGCGGGGCGAUGGGGCGGCCGCAGUAGGGCCGGGCCGGCGCGAUGGGUUCGGAGCGCGGGGCGCCGCUGCGGCCGCUGGAGGCGGAGCGGGCCGGCGGGGGCUGCGCUUGCGGGCGGCGGGGCUCGGGCGCGUGGCGGGCGGUGGGCGGCUUCCUGGCGCUCUCGCUGGCGCUGCACCUCCUGACGCUGGGCUGCUACCUGGAGCUGCGCUCCGAACUGCGCCGCGAGCGGACGGCGCCCCAGGCCGGCUGGCAGCCCGGCGGCACCGCCAAGCCCCGCCGCCCCGGCCCGCCCGGGACCUCGCGCCCGCCGCCCGGCCCCAGCCCCAGCCCCAGCAGCGCCACCCCGGCGAGCCCGGCAGCGGCAGCCCGCGGCAGAUGGCCUGGCUGAAUGUCUUCUCCCCCGAGGAGAGGCCUCUCUUUAGAGAAGAAAGCCGCAGUGUACGCAGAAACAAGAGAAGCAGGAACAGCGAAGGAUCAGAAAGUGCAAGUCCUAAAAAGAAGAAAGGCAAAAAAGCUGGUCCUCCAGGACCUGUUGGGCCCCAAGGCCCUCCUGGACCACCUGGGCCCCAAGGCCCCCCUGGAAUCCCAGGUAUCCCUGGCAUUCCAGGUACCACAGUGAUGGGACCUCCAGGACCUCCGGGACCUCCAGGCCCCCAGGGACCCCCUGGGUUGCAAGGCCCUACCGGCACAGCAGAAAGAGCAGGACCUAGGGAUUCACAGCCAGCAGUAGUUCAUCUGCAAGGCCAGGGAUCUGCUAUCCAAGUCAAGAAUGGUGGAGUUCUUAAUGACUGGUCUCGCAUAACAAUGAACCCGAAAGUCUUUAAGCUGCACACCCGGAGUGGCGAGCUGGAGGUACUGGCAGACGGCACGUACUUCGUCUAUAGUCAGGUAGAAGUGUAUUACAUAAACUUCACAGAUUUUGCCAGCUUCGAGGUGGUGGUGGAUGAAAAGCCUUUUCUGCAAUGCACUCGGAGUAUUGAGACAGGGAAGACCAACUUCAACACCUGCUACACAGCUGGAGUUUGUCUCCUCAGAGCUCGGCAGAAGAUUGCUGUGAAAAUGGUCCACGCUGACAUCUCCAUCAACAUGAGCAAGCACACCACCUUCUUUGGGGCCAUUCGGCUAGGGGAUGGACCCUCUUCCUAAGGACCUGAUGUGGGGGCUUCCCCAAACCACCUGGCAUCGCUGUUCAAAAGAUUGGGAAAAGUCAAAGAACUGAUAUUUAUUUUUUUAUGCAACUACAGAAAGCAAGCCAGGUUUCCCUUGGCUCCAUUGGAGCAGUGCUUAAAAAUGGAGCAUUGCUGGGGAUGGGACCCUCCACCUGAGCUGUAUAUAUCACAUCAGAGGCAGGUGAUGAGAAGGUCCCUUCCUUCCUACAACUUGCACUGAUAAGAGUUACUAUGGCAACAGAUGAUGGAAGGCACACAACUGAAUGCUCUCUAGGAAGAUGUAUGUUAACAGGAAAAUUCUUUGUCCCACCCCCCCUCUAAUUUUUCAUACCAAAAUUAUAAGGGACCCUAGAAUGUGGCCAGGACACAUCCAAAUUCUGAUAGUAAUAAAUUUCAUGUUUAGAAACUGGAGCUAUAGAUGAGGGACUAUUUAUAAAGCUGGAAGUUGCCUUUGGCAAAAACACAUUAACUAUCUAGUUAAAAUAGUGAAUUCGACUUUCAAAAGCUAAUGUGCCAUUACAGGUUUUUAAAAAGGUUUAUUUCUGGAUUUGGUUUUGUAGUCUCUGUCUCUACCUUGAUAGGUUCGGAAUGUGGCAUUUCCCAAUUCAGUCUUGAUACUUUUCUUCCAGUCCAAGAUUAGCAGUGUAUGUGGGCAUUUUCUUUUCUCAGUAAGCUGAGUCAGAGCAGUAAAACACCAUCUUGCCUUACACAAUGUAUUGGCCCUGAGAUGUGGGCAAGCAGCCUGUUUCCUAGUAAGAGAAGAGAGGCUCAGGGAAGACAAUUAGGCAGCUCCAGGAUCGAGUUCAGACUUGGGUGGAAUCUGGGAAGCAACUUUUUCACAUUGUGUACAGAUCAAUGUCAGCCAAACUUUAAAGCAGCUGCUCCCACCGGAUACUUUAACGCUGUGAAUUAUAAUUGCAAAGACAAUAUGACCGAGUACUCUAUAUUUUUUGCGGAGCAAUUCUGGCAAACUAUUAAGUCAGCUGGCAAGAGGGGGUCAUUUAGGGCUUGCCCGUCCCUUAGAAAGGUGAUGGGAGAAGGUUAAAGCAAGCGUUGUGAUGAUACAGUCUUGUUUCUUCCAGCUCUCUGCCAGGGAGACAGAAAAAAAAAAUGUCACCAGUUUGUUUCAGCCAAACCUGUUCUCAGUAACAGCUAUCCUGAUAAGAGUCAUUGGAGAAGCAGAAAAGUACCAGUGUGGUGCCUGGUUUUAACUGUAAAGUUGAAAUUCUACUCUUGUGCUAUGCACAGAUGUCUUGAUUCUCCUGUUCUCAUUUAUUUGCAGAGAUGAAGAAAUGCUUCUGAAAAAGGUUUGUGUAUUAUCUGCAGGGUCUGGAUUAGCCAUGAUUUUUAAAGGGAGACUGCAGCAAUGCCCCUCCCAUCACUUCUAGGGAUGCAAGCUUGUUUUACUUCGGACAUAAUGGCCCAAGACUGGAAACUCCCCAAGGAAUGAUUAAGCCUCCUCUCUUUCUGCCCUGCGACCAGCAACGUCAGGGCCAAGGCUCCAGGCCAGCCGUUCCGUUUGUCCAGUGGGACGCUAAGUCCCUGGCUUAUGACCACAGCUGAGGCCAAGCUUUUUGUGGCUAUAAGUGAAACAUUUUGUUAAGUGAGAUUUGCCCCAUUUUACAACCUUUCUUGCCACAAUUGUUAAGAGAAUCACUGCAGUUGUUAAAUUAGUAACACGGUUGUUAAGUGAAUCUGACUUCCCCAUUGACUUUGCUUGUCAGAAGGUUACAAAAGGGGAUCACAUGAUCCCAGGACAUGGCAACCGUCAUAAAUAUGAGUCAGUUGCCAAGCGCCUGGAUUCUGAUCACGUGACCGUGGGAAUGCUGCAAUGGUCCUAAGUGUGAAAAAACUUUUUUCAGUGCCGUUGUAACUUUGAACAGUCACUAAACAAACUGUUGUAAGUCGAGGAUUACCUGUAUUUACAGACCGCCCCACUUCAGGCUUCCUGUUUUUAAUGGUCUUAAAAAGAGUUGGCUUUAUUAGAAUAUAAAGUACGACCUGCCAUUAGGUGUUUUAAGAGUGAUGUUAGUCAAACUCUGUUCAGACUCUGAAUGACAGGAAAGCUCCAGGCACAAGUCAGCUUCUCUUGAGUGGGGUACAGAUGGCAGGUGGGGGGCAGCCUUUAGGCCGCUUUCUGGGCAACAGGACCAGUCACAAUAUGAUCUCUGUGUAUAUAGAUAUAUAGAUAAAUAUACAUAUAUAUAUAUAUAUAUACAUAUAUAUAUGGAGACAGAGAGAAAGAUAUAUAUAUAUAUAGAUAUAGAUAUAUAUAGAUAUAUAAAUGUAUAUAAAUUGGGAUGUAAGUUUAGUUAAUUUACAGAGUUUUCUUUGCAAAUAAAGCUCUCUUGAUGUGAUUUCAA